UAGAUCUAUUUCCCGGCAUGCCCUUUUCUUUUCUUUUCUAUUUCUCCCUCCUCUUCUGUAUAACUUCCGAACAAAGGCUCUCUCAUAGCUGAGCUCCGAAAACUCCUGGAUUCCUUGUUCUCCUGCUCGACCCCCGUGUCCUUUUUCGUCAUUUCGACUAAAAUUUCGUGGAAGGAAAUAAAUUGUACAAGGACAACCGGACAUGUCGGCACUCUUCAACUUCCAUUCAUUUUUAACGGUUGUGCUGUUGGGAAUUUGCGCCUGCACUUACUUGAAGAUGCAAUUUCCAGCAAUCCUUGAACAGCGAACGGGGUUUCGUGGUUUCUUUUGGAAGGCAGCCAGAAUAGGUGAGCGCUUGAGCCCGUGGGUGGCUUUUGGAUGCUUCUCAAUGGGUGUGUCAAUAAUCUUUUUCUGAGUCCUCGUCUUAUCUGUAUUCAGAUGCAACCUUUUUUUUUCUUUUUCUUUGGAUCAUGUAGAAAGAAGUUCACUCCUUGAAAUUUAAUAUUAUCAUAUGGUUUUGUGGGUGUGAAUACUGGUAACCACUGUUUCAAGACCUAGUUGGCCAACUCCAUAUUGAAGGUAGAUCAUUUUUCUCAGGAAAUUUGUUUAUUGAUGGUGCAACCAUUCUUUGCUUGAUCAUUAGUUUGUAAAAACUCUUCAUAGGAAUGAUUAUGACUGAAAAUGUAAUCAGUUGCAACUCA